AAAAAAAGGACUAUUAAACAACUAUAUGAUAAGUAUGGAGAAGUAAGUGCUAGGCUAGGACAAAAAGUGGAACGACAACUUCCUAGAAAUUUUGAAGCCUUUGCAGAAUAUAUUAAUGUUUGUCCGACUGACACUAAGCAUGGAGGUCAUAUAAUUGUUCUCUCGUGUUGCCCCUUGCCCAAUUUGAAUAUCAACCAUUAUUGUAAUAUUGAUUUCUCAAAGUUAAAUGUUGGAAGUCUCCGUAGUAGUAGAGAACAUGCAGUCAUUAAAUCACCAGAAAAAAAAUUUAGAGAUGUGAAAGGAAGAAAAGUCUUUCUCAAAGAAAUCCAAUUAGUUAGUCCCAGCGUAGUUCGAACUAUCCAAGAAGGAGGCGAAAUUAGCGAAGAUUUGAAAAAAGCAAAAUACAUUUUCUUUCCCAUAAAUAAUUCAGAAAAUCAUGGGACGGCUGACACUGGAAGCCACUGGACUUUGUUCGUUUUUGCAGGCGGAAAAAUAGUGGCUUUUGCGGCCCGCAAAGUUGGUGAAAUACCAACCGGAGAGGGAAAAUACAAAUACUUACCCAGUUAUCAAUAUUAUCAAAAAUCCUCCUUGUUAUAUAAUUAUCCAGUAGCGAAAAAAAGUCGAUCCGAGGAAUGUUAUUUAGUCGAAGGAUUUUUUGAUGUCAUUAGUUUAGCCAAAUUAGGGGUGGAAAAUUGUCUGGCUCUACUGGGAACCAACUUAUCGGAAGAGCAAACCAAACUUUUAGCCGAACUAAAGAAGCGAAUUAUUCUUUUUUUAGAUAGUGAUAAGGCUGGGCAGGAAGCCACUAUUAAUACGGCC